AUGAUUUCUAUGCUCAAUUUGUACCAAAAAUUAAUGAUUUUUGAGAAUAUAGGCAACUCACUUGAUUAUCCAAAUUUUAGCAAAAUUGUUGAUCCAUUUUUUUUAAAGCGCAAAACACACAACUAUUUAAUCAGUUUUGUUGACAAUCAACUAAAGUCUCAAUUAUAUAUGAGUGACUUUUUAGAAAUUUACUUUAAAAAGCUCUCAACUGGAGCUGUUGGAAUAGAAAAACAAGAAACUGUAAUAAAGCAAAUGAUUAUAUAUACUGUAACUAAUAAUGCCAGAGAAAGCACAAAUGAAAGAGAGCUAAUAAUAAGAGAUUAUAUAAUCUAUUUGAUGGAUUAUUUUGCACAAAAUACAUUCACACUUGUAGAGAACGUAAAAUAUUACACUUGAAUUGAGCAAAUUAUUGAUUACAUCCCAAGUUUAUAUGAAUUUAUAAUACAUUUAGCAUCGGAAAAGUUAAAAAUAGCAAAUGAUGUUGACCAUAGGUUUUUGUUUGCAGAAAUAGCUGAUAUAACUAUAAAUAAGGACAUGGGAAAUCCAAAAGAAAUACUAGAAAUUUUUCAACAUAUAGUUGCAUAUCUUGAUAGCGAUAGAGAAGAAAGUGACAGAGACGUUUUGAGUAGCGCCGUAGCUAACUACAUAGACAGUCAGAUUGAAGAAAGCAAUCCUUUUAAAAUUGGGCAUGAGCAGCUAAAUGAUGCAACAAAAAUAGAAUGCUGAAUUCGCUCAGUAUUAAUCAAAAAAGGUGUUCCAAAUAUUCUGGCAAAAACUUUUUCACCAAAUGAAGCUAAUUUUAUCAAGCAGAUUCUACAUAUACAUAAAAUGGCGACGAAGUCCCACUCGACCUCUCGAUCCUAUUUUAUUUCAACACCAGUAAAUAACGGGAUUUAGGUUGAAAGGAGCAGGAAAUUCUUUUUUUAUAUCGAGCUAGGUUUUACUCGGGCCCCAGGGAGCUAAUCUAUGGGACUUGGGCUUUCUCAUCCAGUCCUGAGUGGAAGCUGAUUCUCUUGAACACGACUCAAGACAUGGCAUUUUUCCGAAGUUUCGAUCCAGGUGGUUGGCCCUUAGACUCCAGAAGCCAUGCAAGUCAAGAUUGGUUACACGAAUCCCUUGUUUGAAGUAACAAGGAAGGAUGUCCGCCAGAGCUCCUUGAGAGCGAUGCCUGUGCAGGGGUGCAAACUCCUGUCCCUGCUAUAGACGGCUUAAUCUAAUUAAUCAAACAGAUCCUACAAAAAUUAGCAGCAUCAUUUCCAUUUCAAAUUAUAUUCAAUAAUAAUAUUCUAUAUCCAAUCCGCCUGUAUUUUUUAUCACUAUUCACAACCAUUUUUGUUAUGAAUCUUCAGCAUGGAGUUCAUAAUAAUAUUUUGACUGAAGUUAACUCUUAUUCUGCCGAAAUGAUUAAAUGCGUCUGUGAGCCUGUUUCUUCAUUUGAUAAAGAUCUUUUCUUAUCAAUUGUGGAAUCUACAGUUGCGCAAGCCGCUUUUACAGAGUAUGGGUAUGAUCUUACAAGUGCAGUUGGAUUUGAAGAAAAAACAUUUUAUGUAAAUUUACCUUUGAAAACUCAUAGUGUGACUGUCUUAGGAGGAAUUAUUCUAAUCAAUGUAAUAAACAAGAAGAAAGAAUCAUUCGGUGAGUGUGCAAAUAUAUUCGCUUAUUUGCAUGAAUUAGCAAAUAUUUUGAGAAAAACUGAAAAUGGACUGUAUUUAUUUGAAAAUGAUACUCCAGAUAAAGAUGAGGGUGAUCCUAUGGCUAAGAGAGAUGAUAGUUCUCUGAAAGAAGAGGAAAAGAAAGAAGAAAUACAAAUAGAAUCAAUCUUGUUUGGGGACUUUGCAAAUAAAGUGAACGAGGAGCAGGUAAGCUUUAUUAUUAAUAUAAAAAAUUGGAAUAUGAGUUUAGAUGAGUUUAAAUCAAAUUUAAAAGAGCUUAGCUCCUGCUCAUCAUUUUUCUAUCAAUUGUGUAGAGAUCAGUACUACUCGAAUGAUAGAGCACCUCAUACAAAUCCUUUAUUCUGAAGCAAGUAA